UUUGCUUUUUGGAAUCCUGAAUGCGUGGUUGUUAUGACGUGUUCAUGGAAAAUUUUCUUACUAACGCUGUGUCUUCUAAUCGAGCUGAUAGAACCUAAUACAAAAUAUGAAAUAGGUCGGUGUGGAAAGAGUGAUGAAGCUUGCAUGAUUAAAGCUGCUAAUCAUGUUCUUAAGUAUAUAUCAGGCGGCAUACCAUCAUUAAAUGUUAAAAGCCUGGAUCCAAUAAUACCCAAUGUUGUUGAAGGAGAUAGUCCAAUAUUCACGUACAAAUUUACCAAUAACUCAAUAUUAGGGUUUGGAAAAUGUGAAUUUGAUCGUAUCAAUUUGAAUUUAGAUUUAUCGACUUUACUUUUUGAUGUAAAAUGUCCUUCACUGAUCAUCCAAGGAAUAUAUGAAGUCGCAGGAGAACUCGUUGAUUUACAAUUAAAGAGGAAUGGUACUUACAAGGUUACUACAGGUUUAUAUUUUAUGUAUUUUAAUACGGAGAUCGAAAAGAUUCAAGGUGAAGACGGUCAACGUCAUAUAGCUAUCAAAAAACAUGUAGUAUCAGGACAGCCAAAGGAGCCUAUAGAUUUUGCUUUUUAUCGCUUUACACCAAAUUCAAUUGCUUCCCGCCAGGCGCAGGUUCGUUUCGAUCACGAGAAAUUCAAGGAACUUCAUGUGUUGACAAGAGACGCGUACCGUGCAGCAGUUUUUGGACCACUAUUUACAUACGUAAAUAGAUUUCUUGCAACUAUUCCUUACGAUGACAUGUUUACUGACUGAGAAAUAAAAAUAUUCUUCUUGUUUUUUUUUCCUCCAACAACAUUCAAUAUUUAUUAUUACUUCUUG